CCUCCCCAUCCAUCGCCAUCCCUCCCUCCCUCUCUCUGCACACACGGCGCACACACACAGCGCGCUCUCUCACGACACACUCCGUGCGGAUGUUCAUCGGAGACGAGCGCACAACGCAGCCAACACCACCACCAACACCACCAACACCACCGCCACCAACACCACCACCGCCACAGACGGUGGUUGUUGUGACGGCGUCUGCACGCCAGACGACGCCUCCAUCGCCUCCCCCCCCGCCACGUCUCAGGGCGACGUGUCUAAGUUCAGUACAACGGCGUGGAGAGACGCACACGAGGAGCGAUACGCAGCAGACACGAGGCCCACGGCGAUGGGAAAGCAACGCCUGACGCUGGGACUCCGUCUCCCACGCUCCACUCCCCGCAGGAACAGCCUCUCGUCUUCCCUGGAGGCGCUCUCCCUCUACCUGCCCUGCCUCUCGCCUCCCGGCUCGCACCCCGGUGCGGGUGUGCGUCGGCACAGCACGGUGCGGCGCAGCACGGAGACGGGUUUGGCCGCGGAGCCCCCCACGCGCUCCCCGCGGGGGGGGGCGCCCCCCCCUGCCGGCCUCUCCCCCCGGCCCACCCCCACCCCACACCCCCGCGCCUCCGUCUCCAGCCGAGCUCACAGCCUGCCCUGCGAGUCCACUCUGGCGCUGUACCCCCAGGUGAGGCUGCACUCCCACGCUGAGCUGAGCGGCUUUCUGGACGGACUGGGGCCGGGCCAAGUGGCAGGGAGACAGAGCCUGGCCACCCUCUCCCUCGGGGACGUGGAGCUGGGCGUCUCUCUGAAGGACGAGGGCCUCACUGUGGAUCUGCUGCGAGCCCGCAACCUCGUUCCGAAACCCGGAGCCAAGACACUGCCACUGCUCACGGUGAAGGUGUACCUGCUGUGCGGGGGGGCGUGCGUGGACAAGCGCAAGGUGCGUGCCGCGCAGCGCUCGCUCGAGCCGGACUUCCACCACAAGCUGACCUUCGACGAGACCCCGCGCGGGAAGGUCCUCCAGGUGGUGCUGUGGGGCGACUACAGCCGGCGCGACAGCAAGUCCUUCAUGGGGCUGGCUCAGAUCGCUCUGGACGAGCUGGGCCUGCACCCUGCCUCCUCGACCGGCGACGAAGACGAAGAGGAGGGCGGCGGCGGUGGCGGCGGCGCCAACAACAACAACAACAGCAGCGGUGCCAACGCCGGCGACGCCGGCGACUCCGGGGGCACGGACGCCGCGGCCGCCGGUGCUACCGGUGCCGCCGGCGCCCCCCCCGUCUCGACCGUCGCUGCCGCCGAGUGCCACGCCCCGGCGUGGUACCGGCUGUUCCCGCGCGGCGCCGGCGCCCUGCUGGCGGGGCGGCCCACGGCGCGCGCCAUCUCCGAGUCGUCGCUGGAGAGCGCGUCGGCGCUCGACCCCAGCUCGCCGGGCUACGAGUCGCUCUCGCCGGGCGUGGAGUCGCUCUCGCCGAGCCCCUUCGGCUCGCGCUCGCUCAUCACGCCGAGCCCCAGCUUCGAGGGCCACGCGGCCGGAGGGGCCGCGGCGGCGGCGGCGCCGAUGGCCGGCGCGAGUUCGCUGGAGCGGCCGCUGAGUUACGGCGAGGUGAGAGGAGAAGCGUCGUGAAGGGGGCCGAGAGGCCCGAGGGAGGCGACGAUGCUGCUGCUGCUGCGUCGCGCCGUGAGGGAGACGCUGCCACGGGAGACGGAGGGAGCAGGGGGGGGCAGGGGGGGAGGUGCGUGGGAGAGCGAGUCUCUGAUACUGAUGUUCCACAGUUUUUAUUAAUUUUUAUUACGAUCGUAGGGGAGAUUUUUUUGUCCCGAGGUUGUUGCGUUUCCUCCCAUUCGCUGCCCUAUUCACUAUUUUGCGUCGGUAGCCCCCAGCUCAUGGAAUACGGAGGGGGAAGCCCCUUGGUUGGUGUCUGUGGAGUGUUCGGGAUAGAGCUUAGCGCUAGCUGUUGUUACUCUGGAGGGUUAGCGUUAGGGUUUUGAGUUAAGGCUGAUGGGGUAUAGGGGUUAGGCUGCAGCGUUAGGGUUACUAAUUAAUUAGAGCUUAGCGGUUAGGGUUAAGGAUUAGUGUUAGGAACCACCCCUCGCAGCAGGAACCACCUAUUUGUUCUAGAUUCAACGACUAAUGCCAGCAGACUCGUUUCUGAGAUCAGAGGCAAUACACGGGCCACAAGACUUCCCCAACACGAUCUUCUAAGAUGAUCAUUACCGUCAAAAUGACCCCCUCCACCCCCGUCGCCCAAUUCGCCGAACGUCGUUGCGUUGUCGGGGGCGGACGUUGAGCGAGCGAGAAGCGAGGUCAGAACGGACGCGAGAGGGAGUGGAGGACGAGACGGUGGUGGUCGCGGUGGUGGCGGCGGUGGCGGCAGUGGUGCGGUUAAAAUCUGCGAUGUGCACCUCCCGUCAUCGUCGUCGUCGUCAGCUGCUGCUGCUGCUGCUGCUCCGCUAUCCUGAUCAGGGCCGUCCAGACAGGUUGGGGGUGUAGGGGGCGGUGGCGGUAAGCAAAGCGCCACUUGGCACCGGACCUCACACGAAAGAGGGGACCCCCGCGGCACUGAUGCCGAUUGAUCUUUACAAAAGAAUAAUAAUAAUUAAGAAUCUUACCGAAGCAUUCAUUAUUUAUUAAUAUCCGUCCAACAAAAAAGGGCUGUCCCGUCGCGGUCUUCGCGCUCCGGCCAGCCAGCCAGCGAGCCAUUGGAACUUUGCGCAACACGGACAAGGCCACGGGUGACAACGCCGACCGCCUGUGGCGGCUCUGCAUUUAAAGAACGGAGCGCUCUGAACGUCGGGGAUCCAGGGCUCCGUCGGGCGCACGGCAGAGGUCGCAAACGGGUUUUGAUUCCUUACCCGUACCCGGCCGCACCAGGGUCGCAAACGGGUACCCGUUCCCUACCCGUACUCGUACCCUACCCGAAAUGAGUGACAAACGGUUACUCACCAGUGACUCACGGCCUACCCGUACCCGGCCGCACCAGGGUCGCAAACGGGUACCCGUACCCGGCCGGGUACGGGUAGCCGGGUAUCGGGUAGGGUACGGGUAUCGGGUACCCGGUUGCGACCUCUGGCUGCUGCGCGUCGCGACGCUUCCGGCCGUGCGCCAAAGCCUCUGGCCAAGCGUGGCACGCAAGUCGGACGCUUCUCGAUUUUAAAGUUUCCCGUCACGGUUCUUGGGUGGGCUCCGGGGGAGGUGGGGGGGGUCGUAGGUUCCGAGCCGGCGCCGCCAAACUCCUGGGUUCGAAUCUGGGGGUCCAGCCGCAGCGAUGGAGCCGAGGACUCGAGUCGUACCGACGUCGACGAUCUCAGCCCGGUCACCCGACGACCGCCGAAACAAAAAACCACUCGCUCGCAUUCGAUUUAACGGAAAGUUUGAGCUUCCUUUGGCUAAAUCAGAAAUCCGAGAAUUGAAAAAAAUAUCUUUCGAUUUAAAGCUUUCGUGACUGCAGGGAUUCAUCGUCUUGGUUCUUUCGGGAAAGUCACG